UGCCCGCGGAUAAACCAGUAAAACGGAGGAGUACCUACCAAGUGCAGUGCAGUGAUGAGUGCUUCCGGCAAGAGUCUUCUGGGCCUGUGGCUCUACAGGAGUGGCGAGCAGGAGUGGGCCGUCAAGCAGGGAAGCCCCCUGCAUCAGCUGAACAAGGACGGCGCUUCCGGUCCAGUUCCACAUCCGAACCUCGCCCGGCACUCCUCAGCUCCCCCAGAGCCUCCCCGACUGGCCAUCGGCGGAGUCAGCCAGGAUAAUGGCAGGCAGCACUCUCCAGGGGAGCGCAUCUCCAUCAUCUUCACCCUGCGCAACCAGGUGGGCAAUCUGGCCAGGGCCCUGCAGGUUUUCCAGGAGCUGGGCAUCAAUGUGCUGCACCUGGAGCUCUCCCCGCUGGAGAUGGCCACCAACCAGGCGGAUGUCCUGGUGGACGUCGAGUGCGAUCCGCGGCGGCUCGACCAGGUGGUCAAGAUGCUCAACCGCGAGGUGGCCUCCGUGAACUACACUUCCGUGAACACCCACGGCUUGGCCAGGGCUCCGUCCCUAUCGGCCUGCUCCAGUUUCGAUUUCGGCGACAUGGUGUGGUUUCCGCGAAAGAUCUCCGACCUGGACAAGGCCCAGAAUGUCCUCAUGUACGGCUCGGAGUUGGAUGCCGACCAUCCGGGAUUCAAGGACCCCGUGUACCGCAAGCGACGAGAGCAGUUCUCGGCCAUAGCCAACAACUUCAAGCAUGGCAACCCCAUUCCGCGAGUGCAGUACACACCUGAGGAGGUGAAAACUUGGGGCACCGUUUUCUUGGAGCUCCAUCGGCUCUACGUGUUGCACGCUGUGCCGGAGUACAUGGAGACCUGGCCGGAGCUGGAGAAGUACUGUGGCUACCGCGAGGACAAUGUGCCGCAGCUGCAGGACGUGAGCGUCUAUCUGAAGCGCAAGACGGGAUUCCAACUGCGCCCCGUGGCUGGGUAUCUCUCGCCCAGGGACUUCCUCUCCGGACUCGCCUUCCGCGUCUUCCACUGCACCCAGUACAUCCGCCACUCCUCGGACCCCUUCUACACUCCCGAGCCGGACUGUUGCCACGAGCUACUGGGCCACAUGCCCCUGCUGGCCAACUCCAGUUUUGCCCAAUUUUCGCAGGAGAUUGGCUUGGCCUCCUUGGGAGCGAGUGAUGCGGAUAUCGAGAAGUUGGCCACGCUAUAUUUCUUCACCGUGGAGUUUGGGUUGUGCAAACAGGCGGACAGCACUUUCAAGGUUUAUGGAGCCGGAUUACUAAGUUCCGUGGCUGAAUUGCAGCAUGCGAUUUCUGCUGAUAACAAGAUAAAGAAGUUUGAUCCGGAGGUGACUUGCCGCGAAGAGUGCAUCAUCACCUCCUACCAGAACGCCUACUACUACACCGAUUCCUUCGAGGAGGCCAAGGAGCAGAUGAGGGCUUUUGCCGAGAGCAUUCAGCGACCUUUUGGAGUGCGUUACAACCCCUAUACCAUGAGUGUGGAGGUGCUGUCCAAUGCCCAGAAAAUCACAGCGGUGGUCAGCGAGCUCAGGGGUGACCUCAGCAUCGUCUGCUCGGCCCUGCGAAAGAUCUCCGCCACGGAUGAGAAUCUGGACGUGGACAGCAUCGCCAACAUGCUCCACAACAGCCUCAAUGUGCGAGGUGGUGCAUCUGGGGGAGGCGGAAGUCCUUGCAGUCCGGACAACUCGGAUAACUCGACGGCAGAGGGCGACUAGGAAGGCAAAUGGACAGCAAAGAAUCUUUAAGGGAACAGAUUUUGGGACCACCAUGCAGUAUAAUUCACUUGGCUAUAUUGAAAACUUUAAAAUACGUUGAAUUAUUAGCAAAAAUAAUUAUAAGGAUGUUUGGCCCACUCACUUUCGAAACACCAAAUAAAUUAUCGAAUUUUAAAGUACUAAAACGGGUUAAAAAAAUUGUAUUCCUUUUAAAUAUCCCUGAAAAUUCUUGAAACCCGCCUUGUGAGUUAUACUGCACCGACCGUUUUUGAAUAUGCACACGUAUCCAUGUCUAAAUGUCUAGCAGUUGUUUAUUCAGAUCUUAAAGCUAUGUAAAAACUAAAGUAACAAUAAAUUUGCAACCUCUCAGUGUA